GUGAACUCAAACUCGAACCUCGCUCCCGGGGAGCUUCAACGCCAACCAAACUCCCGCCAAAAGAAGAACGAGAGAGAGAAAUCACGGAACCCCCCGCAGCUCGAACUCCUCUUCUCUUUCGCCGCUCCCUUCACCGAUCGCGCAACAGAAAUGUCGAAGAAACGUGGACUAUCUUUGGAAGAGAAGCGAGAGAAGAUGCUUCAGAUAUUCUACGAGUCACAAGACUUCUUCCUGCUAAAGGAGCUUGAGAAAUUGGGACCCAGAAAAGGUGUCAUCACCCAGUCUGUCAAAGAUGUUGUUCAAAGCUUGGUUGAUGAUGACCUAGUCUCGAAGGACAAGAUUGGAACUUCUGUAUAUUUCUGGAGUCUUCCUAGCUGCGCCGGAAACCAGCUGCGAAAUGUGUACCGGAAACUUGAAUCUGAUGUCCAAAGUAGCGAGAGGCGGCUGGUGGAGCUAGCUGAUCAGUGCAAUGCAUUAAAGAAGGGAAGAGAGGAAUCUGAUGAACGAGAGGAGGCUUUAAGCAACCUAAAAAAAGUAGAGGAGAAAUACAAUGAGUUGAAGGAUGAGAUGGCAGAAUAUGCAGACAAUGAUCCAGCUGCCUUUGAAGCAAUGAGGGAUGCAAUAUCAGUUGCCCAUGCAGCAGCCAAUAGAUGGACAGACAAUAUUUUCACACUGAGACAGUGGUGCUCAAACAAUUUUCCAGAAGCCAAAGAACAGCUAGAACAUAUGUACCAGGAGGUGGGAAUUACUGAUGAUUUGGACUACUUGGAGAUGCCAACAGGGGGAAAUUAGAUACCGCAGGGUCAAAUGGCAUAUACAUCAGGAGUUGCAUCCAAUUGUACCCUGAUUCUAAUGAAAAUCUGUGAAACUGACAACACAUUACGCGGUAGUUGCCAUGGUCUGAUGCCUGAUCCAAGCUUCCUAGACUUGUAAAGCUUAGCUGAGCCUCUCUGAAUAUGCAAGGUGAAUAGGUUUUUUUCCUUGAUGAGAUUGGGAAUGAUGUGUGAUUUGAUCAUACAACUCAGUGGAAACAUACUUAGACA